GCAUGUCAGAAAAAGCCAAAAUGCGGAAUGAAUAUUGAAAGUCUGUACAGUUUCAUAGGGAAGGAAACCGCUCGCUGGUUCUGCCCAUCUUUGGUCGCUCUAACUCCGAAAGUCCGCCUUGGAUUGCCAAUUACUGUUCGAUCCACCAUCAUUGAAGAUCCUGUGAUUUUGCAAGCUAGCCAAAUCCCAGGUCUUUGAUCUUACUUGCCUGGACUCGCGUUAGCGCAGGGCUGCUGGGCUUUCUGGUUGGGAUCGAAGUUGACUCAAGAGCUUUGAAGAACCACGGACACGACAGAAGUGAGCCAUCCAUCCCCAAUGAUGUCGGGUCAGGACGACGCCGAAUCAUAUCAGCUCAAAAAAAAAGUGAUACCCGGACAUAUCGACGUCCAUCCAACCGACAACGCCAUCAUCGUCAACUACACCGUGCAAGCCAGCAUCCUCGGAGAAAGCGGACAACCUGUGGCUGGCGAUCGGAAGAAUCUCCAGAAGAUAAUACGGGUCAAGACCUUGACACCGAGCUCAAAUCUGACAGCGAUUGCGCAUGAGGUUGUGGAUAAAUGCAAACUUAUACAUCCGUCGAAGGUGGUGGAGGUGGAGCAGGUGUUGUACUAUUUGCUGCAACGGAAAGGAAGUCAGGACGAUGAUGGGAUCUCGGAUCGAGAAUGGUUGCGAAAGCAACUUGAAGAGCAGAAAAGAGAGGAAGACCACCCCCAGCUGGCCCAGACCAAGCAAGAAGCCUCAUCAAUGUCCAACAUCGACUCGUACAUAGAAGGUCUCUACGAGGAGAUACCCGAAAAAACCAUCGCCACCCGCAACGUCAUGGAGCUCUCGCGAGACCCGCAAAACUUGGAAGCACUAGCGAGCAAUGAUGCUCUAAUCUCAGCCCUCUCCCGCGUCCUCCGCGAAGACGGACGAAAGUCCAUCGCACUAAACACCAACAUCAUCAGCGUCUUCUACGCUUUCUCUCAGUACCCGCAAUAUCACCCGAUCAUCACGACUCAUAAAGUCGGGGAUAUGUGUCUGAGGGUCGUUGAGAUGGAGAUUCGGCGGUUUAGUAUCUGGAUUGAGGAUGUUCGGGCUGUGGAGAAGAAAGUGGCGGAUAAGCCAGGCGAUAAGACUCUAGUAGCAGAGCUAGAUCAGGAGAAUCGCAAGUUUCAAGCAAUGUUGCAGAAACAGGAUCAGCUACUGCUAGUCUCAUUCCAUCUACUACUCAACCUCGCCAACGAUCUCACUAUUGAACCGAAGAUGGUCAAACGCGGGAUCAUUAGGCAUCUGGUGGAGAUGCUAGGCAGGCAGACGCCUGAGCUGGUCACUGUGGUCAUUACGUUCUUGAAGAAGCUGAGCAUUGUCGCUGAAAACAAGGAGGAGAUCAUCGAGUUGGAAGAUAGUUUUCUGCCGAGACUGGACCAGCUCAUGCCCAGCGAGCAUCAUGCUCUACAACAUUCCCUCCUCCGGUUUCUCCUCAACCUCUCCCACGAUGUCCGCUUUCGCACGCAACUCCACAGACAUCACUUUGUGCCCAGGUUGUUCUCCGUCCUUCAGGCCACGUCGACUGGUACCAGCAUGGCGCUAAAACGGCAGAUGACACCGACGUUGCUGUUGCUGUAUAUGAUGACGUUGGAGGAUAAGGGGCGGGUGGCGUUUGCGGAUAGUGAGAAGACACGGCUGAUUCUCCAACUCCUGCUUUCCCAACCAACGGGCCCAAACGCACCCGACCGACUCCCACUCAUGGCGCUAUCCAUCAACCUCGCCUAUCAACCACGCACUGCACCGUUCUUGAUGGCCGACAAGAGCCUGAAGUUCCUGAUGAAGCGAUUAAUGAAGACAAGGGAUCCGUUGAUGUGGAAGCUGUUGCGAGCAAUGGCUUCGUCGUGUGGGAACGAGGGAAGGAUGGCAUUCCUGGACUACAUCGACGACAUAAUGCACCUCCUCUUCAAAUCCACAACGCAACCCGACUCCCUGGUCGAGAUCCUCGGCCUCCUCGCUUCCCUCACCAUCCCCGACUUCGACUUUACCAAACUCGCCGAAGCCUACAACCUGCUCGGGUUCAUCCAGACGCGGCUGCAGAGCGCCAUCAACGACGUCGCCAACGCCGCGAACGCUGAACCGAAUGUCGACGCGGAAAUGCUGGGCGCGGGGCUGAGCGAGGAUGAUGAUAUUACGCUUGAGGUGGUCAAUUUGCUGGGAACGAUGGCGAGCGAUGAGAAUAUUGGGCCGGUGGUGGCCAAGACGCAUAUUCCGCAGACUCUGAUGGAGCUUAUGAUUGCAAAAGAAGACGAUGACGAGAUGAUUCUGCAAAUCAUCUAUUGUGCAUACCAGUUCCUAUUGAUCGAAAGCACACGGAUUGUGUUUCUGGAUGAGACCCAGAUCGUCUCAUACCUGAUCGAUUUGCUUUACGACCGUAACGUCGAGAUCAGACGGAUGUGCGAUGUGUGUCUGGACAUCAUAUCGGAAACCGACGAAGAAUACCUCGUCAAAAUCCGGCACCAAAAAUUCCACUACCACAACUCCGAAUGGAUGCACCGCAUGGCGCAAAGCACAGCCUCGGCAUCGCAGCACGGGUUGUUCCUGGAGACCGCCGGGUUCGAGCACCAGGAGCAGCUGCGGAAAUACGUUGGCGAGCGUCGUGGGGCGAUCUUUGAGACGAAUGAGGGCGGGUGGAGCGAUUCGGAUAGCGAUGGGGACGAUCAGGAUGAUUUUGGGAUGGUUGGCGGGAAUAAUGCUUUGUUGGAUGGGUUUUGAGGGGUGGUUCAUGAGGAGGGGUGGCAUUGAUAUUAUUACUACUUAUCAUGUCAUCUACGCCAAAAUCCAAAGAAUAAAAGGCGAUAUGAGAAGUUCACGAAGGCGUUUGAGGCCGCACAUCCAGGCGUGAUCGCGGAUUUGAUGAAGAAAGCUGACAUGCGUGAUGCACCGAAG